CUGGAUUUCAUGGGCAUCAUCUGCACACACCUGUCCCCCAAGAAACUCAUUGAGAAGUGAGUGGACUUGGCCAGGCGGCUCUGCGAGCACCAGUACGGGAACGCGCUACACGUGCGCGUCAACAGCCACGUGGCUGCGCAGUUCCCGUUCAUCCCCCUGCUGGACUAUGUCCUGCCUGAGCUGCUCAAGAACACGGUCAGGGCAACGAUGGAGUCACACCUGGACACUCCCUACAACGUCCCUGACAUUGUGGUGACAGUUGCCAACAAUGACAUUGACCUUGUCAUCUGGAUCUCAGACUGCGGUGGGGGCAUCCCACAUGAGCAGCUGGACAAAGUGACCGAGUACCACUUCAGCACGGCCGAGGGCAGCGCCCAGAACCCGCGCCUGGGGGGGCCCUUCCACGGCCUCAUUGAGCCCAACGGCCAGGCCGGGCCCAAGCACAGGUUUGGCUUCGGGCUGACAUCACGCACCUAUGCCGAGUACCUGGCGGGGUGCCUGGUGCUGCAGUCGCUGCAGGGCGUCGGCACCGACGUCUACCUGAGGCUGCGGCACAUCGACGGCAAGGCCGAGAGCUUCCGCAUCUAGGGGGGCUUGGGGGCAGCCAUUGGGGGUAAGGAGAACCCCUGGGAGGUGCACAGCAGUCAUCAGGGCUGUGCAGAGCCCCAAAAGUUGGGUUUUUGGUCACAGAAGGCCAGGAGGACCUUCCAAAGUUGGACUUUUUUGGUGGAGGUUUUCCAGUUGAAUCCCCAAAGCUGGGGCUUGGUCAUUAAAAUCAUGGAAAGAUUUCAA